AUUUACAACUGUCUUGAAAUGCAACGUUUUUUCCCUUUGUUGCUUAGCAACUAACGGGCAGCGUGUUGUCAAACAAAUCACUUUGACAUAAGAAAUUCUAGCUAACGUUAGCUCGGUUAGGUUAGCCAACUAACUCAGGUGAAGUUAUUUACGUUUUUUUAAAUCCUUCACCAGUUUUAAUUAUUUCAAAAUGUCUGAAGUCGUGUAUCCACGUGAAAGCGUCUACAAUCUCAUCCCAAAGGAAGAGGUUUAUACUCAAAAACCUCCAAGGUAUAUGUCCAAGUAUAGGGAGACAGUUAUUCUGGAGAAAAAGUCAACCAAGGAUGCAAUGAGGACGAUGGGGCCGUCAAAAGUAGAGGUACCAUCCCCAGAGAAAUACCUCAAGAAGCAUUCAAAAGAGCCCAAAUUACCUGAAAAGACCCAGUGUUUGACAGAGGUUCGUAACACCCGCACUGCGAGGAAACCACCGAUCCCUGCGAGGACAGACAACCCACUGAUGGGCAUUCAAACCAAGAGAGACUUCAUAAAGACGACUACAGUGGUGCCGAUGAAGCCCCAGCCUACCUGUGUGGACACCAGUAAGGGACACAAGCAGCUCCUUGAGAAUUCAGGACUUGUCCCCAAAUACAUCAAGAAAAAGCAUUACGGAGAGGUUCCUGAGUACCUGCAGCAACGCAAUGAAGAAGAGCGGAGAGCUCAGGAGGAGUACGACAACUUUGUGAGAGAACAGAGGGAGCAGGGAGCCAUGAAAGACCUGUCUGACGAGGAGCGACAAGCCGUCCUCCAGGGCCUGAAGAAGAACUGGGAUAAGCUGCACCAUGAGUACCAGGGCCUCUCAGUCGUCACAGACAACCUGUCCAAGAAGGCCCACAAGGAGCGUCUUGAAAUGGCGAUGAAGCAGCUGGAGAACGACAUCAACCUCAUCGAGAGGUUCAAGACCAUCUACAUAAGCAAUAACUAGGACAUAAAAAACUUGAUUUAAUCAGAUUGAUUGCAUUUUGUGUCCUCUUUCUUUCUUUUUUUGCCUUCCUGCCUCACAAAUGGAAUUUAGAUGAGAGCAAAAGAAAAAAUAAUGACUGUGUCCUUAAAAAUCCAUUUUAUUCUGACUGAAUAAACUUUACUGCAUAACAACUGAA